GCUAGACUGCACAUUCCAGCAGGCAUUGCUCAGCACUCCAAAGAGGGAGGCUCACCAGGUGUGCUCAGCACCACCUGAACCCUGAGCACGCCAGAGUGUUUCAAAGCCACAGCAGGAAUAAGUGCUCCUUCAACAGUACUGAUGUCUUGAACAAAAACCAAGUUUGGAUCUAGGGAAAAGCUCUUGGUUUCCAGAAUGGAGGAAAGCUCUUCCAGUAGUGGAACAGAUUCCCUAAGCAGUGGAGAGAUUCCACGAAGCCGGUCAGAGGGGACUUUGAUUGAUGUGGAUGACCGGACACCUUCAGACAGCUACAAUACCAGUGAAAGUAAACUGGAUUUGGAUAUUGACUGGCCUGGUGUAUUCAAACAUGCCCAAGCUGUUUCCAAGACUAAUCCUUUCUGGAAUGAACUGUCGGGAUCCAACCCUUUUGUACAUGACAUAGCUGCUUCCAAUAGAAAUGAAAAUAAUAAACGUCUUUCUAUCUUAAAGGAAAAACCUUACUUGUUCUCUAAAAUUUCUAGCAAUAGGGACUCUUUGGAUUCCUCAGGUGAUGAGCUGAAUAUUGAUUGUCUCCUAAGAAAGACUUCAGUAAGAAGAUCUGGAAGAUCCAAGAGUGUCUCCGACUUCCUGGAUAUAGUUGAUAACCAAAGAUUUAAUCCUCACAAGACAGCGCCUCAAAAAACUAUAGCUUCUGAUAUGACAUGGUUUCAAAAUGACCGCGAGGCCUACAGGAUGGCUUGGCUGAGUCACCGACAGCUCACCCGGUCCUGCCUGGAUUUAGAAGCCAUGAGCCACAGCCCUGGAUGGGCACAAACACAAGCUACAGACAUCCACGUAGUGUGUAAACUGAACCACAAAGGGGGUUCAGUACAGCUACCUGACUCAGAUAUCAACAUUCAUGUCCCUGUGGGUCAUGUAUCACCAGGAGAAUUCCAAGAAGUUGGUUUAAAGGCUAUCCUUAACCCUCCAUUGUCGUGCAACAAUGAGCUGUCCAGCACAGUAAGUCCCCUGAUAGAACUUACACUGAGCAACCUCAACACGAGCGAAGCCAUUUUCCUAGAAGUGAAAGUUGCGGCUAAAGUGAAGAGCGAUCCACUCAGCCAAGUUAUGAGUGAUAUUGUGUGUUUUUUUAGUCUCAACAAAGAAGGACCUUUUAAGAAGCUAGAGAAUUGCUAUAUUUAUCAAGAUACCAUACAAGUGAAGCUAACAGACCUAAGUCAUGUGAUGUAUGCAGUAAUUGCUGUACAAGCAAGCAAAAUCCAGCCUCCAGCAACUAAUGUGUGGGACUAUGUCCAUAGAACAGUCUCAGUUGGAAUUUAUGGUCCCAAAUAUAUUCAUCCAUCUUUUACAGCAGUUUUUACAGUCUUUGGUCAUAACUACAUUCCAGGAAAACUCACGAUUUGUGAUAUAAAAAAAGGCGGGAAAAGUAUGCCUCCUGUGGUGUUUCAGCUGUGGGGAAAGCAUACGUUCCUGCUUGAAAAACUGCAGGAUCUAAACAUUUCUUUGAUAUCCUGUGAUCCAGACUUUCAAGUAAAAAUGGAAGAUCAAAGCAAAAACAUUAAAAAGGAGGAGUUGAAAACUGGUGAAAUGGUGCGCCAACAAUUCCUGUUUUCCAUGCUUGGAUGCAGGGAGAUGCAUUUCUUUGUUUUCCUUGUUCAGAUUAAAAUCUUGAAAAGCAGCCAAGUAACACAGUUCCACGUUACGACUCCUGAUCCUGCUCCAAAAUUAAGUGGAAUUAUUAAUAGGCCAAAACGCCUACAAAACCGCAAAGAAAUCAAGUCUGCACCAUGGCUUUUGAUACCAACAAUAAAAUAUCCAAAGUUUCAAGACAAAACUUUGAGUGUCAAUACUUAUGGAGUGGCUUUGAAAACUGUGUUACGCCAAAAUAAGAUCGACUAUUUGCUGGAAUAUUUUAAAGGAGACACAAUAGCACUGCUUGGUGAAGAUAAAGUUAAAGCCAUUGGACAAACUAAAAUGAAAGAGUGGUAUGUGGGAGUUCUCAGAAAAAAGAUUGGUCUUGUACAUUGCAAAAAUGUAAAAGUGAUUUCCAAAGAACAAGCUAUGGACACUGCUGACAGUGAGCUAACAACCAGGAAUCUUGUUGAACAAAUUGCACUGCCUUUCAAAAAAUUGACUUAUAUCUACUCGGUAGUUCUGUCUACAGUAUCAGAGAGUGUUUAUGACUGGAGAGCUUUAGCUGAGGUGUUGGGAUACUCACACAUGUCUUUGGAUGACUUUAAUGAGGCACAUAUUGAUAAAGAAUCAGAAAGAGUUGCGCAUGUGGUGAAGAAGAUGAAGCAAGACUGCCAUGCUAACAAAAAAAAAAGACUAUUUCUUUAUGAACUCAUUGUUGCACUUUUGAAAAUAGAUUGCCAGGGAUUGGUGGCACGUCUUACCCAGGACACCAUCAUCUUGACUUCAGCUGUCAAGCUUGGCAAAGGCUGGCGGGAGCUUGCGGAGAAGCUGGCCCGGCUCACAAAGCAGCAAAUAGAGGCUUAUGAAGUGCCCCACCAGGGGAAAAAUGGAGCAGUGGCUCUGGAGAUGAUGUGGAAACCUGCAUAUGACUUUCUCUACACUUGGGCUGCCCAUUAUGGAGAUGGUUACAGGGAUGUCUUACAAGACCUGCAAUCAGCCUUGGAUAAAAUGAAAAACCCAGUAACAAAACAGUGGCGAGAGUUAACUGGAGCUCUGAUUCUUGUGAACUGCAUGGAGGUGUUAAGGGCAAGUGCCUUCUCCAAAAUGGAGGAAGAGUAGAUGGCCAAAGUUUGAUUUUGGAAAAUCUGUUAGGAAACUAUACCCCUGUCUAGAGUUUAUUUGUGUACAUCUAUGUUUCAGUGAUACUUGUAGAGCAUGACAGAGUGAAGUUUGUUUUAACUGAGUUGAUGUUGGGCCUAGCCCUAUGGUUCACAACUACAGAUUUCCAGAGCAUGCUAGUGGCUUCUGAGUAAGACAAGAAUGGGGGAUUAAACUAAUGAAGUCAACAGAAAUGACUUGUAUUUUAUGGGGUACUUUCUAAAACGAUCUGUUUCUGAUUGCAUUGACUUCGAUGCAGAGCUCAGUUUUAAAAACAGAACUGCUCAUGGAUGAGUUCAGCAUGUGGGGCCUAGGUUUACAUUGUUUUCAGUGAAGUAUUAAAAUCUAAAUAUUUAAUGCAUUUAAUAUUUGGUGCUCGAACCCCUCAACUCUAAGUCAGUGGGUGCAGGUUAGCCUACAAAAAAAACUUCAAGAUUCUUUCAUCCUCAACUGGGACAAAGCUAAUCUUAUUGUCUCACAACACAGGAAUUAAAAGAUUCCUGGAAAAAUAGGUGUGUGCUGCAAAUACUCAAAAAAUAGGUGUACAGUGCACCUUUCCAAAACAACUUCUGGUAUCUAUUUUAAAGACUGGAAGAGAGAAGAUAAA